GUCCGCUAACUGAAACCCAUGACAGAGCCGAACAGGCGGGCUGCUGGCUAACAAGUUGACUGAAUAUCGGUGGUUUAUAGUCUGCAGUAAGAGUAACAUUAAUGUGAAGUUAAUUUUUAACCCUCAAAACUUUAAUAUCGGACCAACAUGACGCCGCGGGGCUGAGGAGGAGCCGUAAACACUCAACAUAUAAACAUUACAACGUCGCCAGCUAACAGUUAGCAGACAGACAAACGUCCCCACAGGAGGACAGCCAGCUCUUCACAGCCAGUGAGACAGACACACAACCCACCGGGAGACCCCCAGCGAAGCAAAGCCCUCUCUCAGAGACUGUGCUGUGAAUGUAAUGGUGCUUUCUGCUACCCGAGCUACGUGAGAAAUGCAGUCAUCGUCAUAGCAUCACUGGUAGGCUUGACUCUGGAUUAACACGACCAUGGAGUCCUCCUCUGAGGCCCAGCAGGAGCCUGAGAAAACUUUGCCCCAUGCAGAGUUGAAAGAGCACCAUGCCACCUCCGCUGCUGUAGUGAGCGGGGAUGACACCCUCCUUCUGACCCCAGGCAGGAUGAGCCAGCGCCAGGUGAAGGAGCGGGACAAGGAGAGGGAGAAGGACAAGGACAAGGAGAAGGAGGCGGGCCUCCAAACACCCAACAGGGAACAUGUCGCCACCCCCUCCACCCUGAGCCCGGGGGUCAGCUACAGCCACGGUUUCGAGAGAGGAAAGGAGGACCUGCUGUCUCUGCCUUUGAAAGAAGACACACAUUCCAUAUCUAAGAGCAAGUCUGAAACAAAGUUGUAUAAUGGCUCUGACAAGGAUGUGUCCGCAUCCGGAGGAAAGCUCACCAAAAAGGAGUCCCUCAAGGUGCAGAAGAAAAACUACAGAGAAGAGAAAAAGAGGGCGACCAAGGAGCUGCUCAGCACCAUCACUGAUCCCUCCGUCAUCGUCAUGGCCGACUGGCUAAAGAUCCGUGGCACUCUGAAGAGCUGGACCAAGCUGUGGUGUGUGCUGAAGCCGGGCGUCCUUCUCAUCUAUAAAACCCACAAAAACGGACAGUGGGUGGGAACAGUGCUGCUGAACGCCUGCGAGCUCAUUGAGAGGCCCUCCAAGAAGGACGGCUUCUGCUUCAAGCUGUUUCACCCGCUGGAGCAGUCCAUCUGGGCCGUCAAGGGUCCCAAAGGAGAGGCAGUCGGCUCCAUCACUCAGCCGUUACCCAGCAGCCACCUCAUCUUCAGGGCUGCCUCCGAGUCUGAUGGUCGAUGCUGGAUGGACGCCUUAGAGCUAGCCCUGAAGUGCUCUAGUCUUCUCAAAAGGACCAUGAUCCGGGAGGGGAAAGAGGACAUGAGCACAGUAGCCACUGGUGGAGAACACUCCAUAAAUUUCUACAGCCUUCUCCGAGCCCACAACAUCCACGGCUUCCAGUUCAAUGACAGUGACCAUUUGAAAGACCCAGACCUGUACUCAGACAAGUCGGACAGGGAGGGGGAGCAGGACCACGAGGAGUCGGAUCCAGAGGGCCUGGAGAAGAGUGAAGAGAGCGACAGCGACACGUCAGAGCGCCAAGACGACUCGUACAUCGACCUCGAUCCUAAUGAGCAUCUGCGGGAAACCCCAUACCUGGAGCAGUCCCAUGAGGAGCUCGGAGAGGCUGGCGAAGCUGCUCAGACAGAGACGGUGUCAGAAGAGAAUAAAUCUCUGAUCUGGACUCUACUGAAGCAGGUGCGACCUGGCAUGGAUCUGUCUAAGGUGGUGCUGCCCACCUUCAUCCUGGAGCCGAGGUCCUUUCUGGACAAACUCUCCGACUACUACUACCACGCAGACUUCCUGUCAGAGGCUGCAAUCGAAGAGAACGCCUACAACCGCAUGAAGAAGGUGGUGAAGUGGUACAUCUCUGGGUUUUACAAAAAGCCAAAGGGCUUGAAGAAGCCUUACAACCCCAUUAUUGGAGAGACGUACCGCUGCAUGUGGCUCCAUCAGAAGACCAACAGCAAAACCUUCUACAUUGCAGAGCAGGUUUCCCAUCAUCCUCCAGUGUCAGCUUUCUACGUCAGCAACAGGAAGGAUGGAUUUUGCCUCAGUGGAAGCAUCCUCGCAAAGUCCAAAUUUUAUGGAAACUCCCUGUCAGCCAUAUUGGACGGGGAGGCCCGGCUAACGUUCCUAAACCGAGGAGAGGACUACGUGAUGAACAUGCCGUACGCUCACUGUAAAGGCAUCCUGUACGGCACCAUGACCCUGGAGCUGGGCGGUGGGAUCUCCAUUUUGUGCGAGAAAACGGGCUACAGCGCUCAGCUCGAGUUCAAACUGAAGCCGUUCCUGGGCAGCAGUGACAGCGUGAAUCAGGUCUCUGGAAAGAUCAAGCUCGGGAAGGAGGUGUUGGCUACGCUGGAAGGACACUGGGACAGCGAGAUCUUCAUCAACGACAAGAAGACAGGGACGUCCGACACGUUUUGGAACCCGACUCCAGACCUGAGGCAGAGUCGACUGACGCGCUGCACCGUCCCACCAGAGGAGCAGGGAGAGCUGGAAUCAGAGAGGCUGUGGCAGCAUGUGACCCGAGCCAUCAACAACAAGGACCAAACGGAGGCCACCAACGAGAAGUUCAUCCUGGAGGAGGUUCAGAGGAAAUCUGCGCGUGAACGGAAAGCCAAAUGUGAGGAGUGGAUCCCUGCGCUGUUUGAGCAGGACCCAGUCACCGGAGAGUGGCAUUACAGAUAUGCCGACACGAGGCCAUGGGAUCCGCUCAACGACCUGAUCCAGUUUGAGAAAGACGGCUGUAUCCAGACCAAGGUCCGACACCGCACCCCUAUGGUACGUUCUGGCAGUCUUAUUAGUCUGAGUAACCAGGCGCCGCGGAGGGACAAUUGCAAGUGCCAGGUAACGGUGCCAAAGAGGAAACAUAAAAGCGACAAGCCCAAGAGCCCAGAGAGCGGCUGCUCGUCACCAGAACCCGACCGACAGGACUCGUCUGGCAGCGAACGACACAAAAGUAAACAUAACAGCCGGCUGAGGAAAAAAGGAACCGACCUCAGUGAACUUCAAAGUGCCAUUGAAUCUAUAAAGAAGACGCAGGAGGACAUUAACAGGAGCAUCAGCGUGCUGCGGAGCCGUGCAGCCGGCCGGGUAGAGGGAGCCUCUUUCCUCCAGCAGCGCGACUACGUCAUCAUCGUGUUCCUCGUCCUUCUUCAGGUCCUUAUCAACUACGUCUUCAAGUAGCAGCCAUACACUGCGGAGAGAGUGGUGCCCUCACACACGCACACACACACACUCACACCCUCCUGACACACUCUCUGAACAUGAGGGAGGGGGGGUCUCGAAGAGGUGAACUUUUACGUCUCACAAUUAUCGAGGUCUCGAACUCUCUUCUUCUCUGUCGUUAUUUAAUCCAUCUACACACGUCCAGAAAAGUGGAGACUGACUUCCAUAAAGAGACUUUUUAAAACUAAACUUUUAACCAGUUCAUUCCAAAAACUGUGGGGAGAUCCGCAGAUUUCAAAGAGGAGACGAGCAGCGAUAAGGAGGAGAAAGUGGAGGUGUGAUAAAGUCUCUUAACUGCCACUCCGGAGCUCACUGAUUUGCCUUGAUGUAGGGGCAAAGACAGCAGCUGUUUUUUGUUGUUGUUGUUUUUUUUUUAAAAGCUGUUGUUUGUUUUUCUUUUGAUUCACAUUUCACCUCAAACAACAGGGAACCUUUUAAACAUGAGGAGACGAGCGCUACGACUCGGAUGGUCACAGACUUUGAAAAAAAUAAAAAUAACACCACACCUUUAAUUUAAAUGUUUUUUUUAUUGUUUUGUUUCUUUUGCUUUGUGUGUCCUUUGUGACUAGAAGUCUGCUUGGAACAAAAAAACAAGCGGCGAUAAGGGAGACGGAAACAAAGUGGUCCAAUCGAUGUGACUUUUAUUUUUUUAUUAUCAGAUGACUUUUCUUAUCGGCUCGGGGUUUCUACAUGUGAAAACGGAAGAGGAAGACGAAUAACACAAGUGAUAUAUCAAAAGGAACAGAAGCUAUAAUUUCUGCUGUAAAUUCAAAUACUUCAACUUUUUGCAGUCGAGUGUUUCAAGAAGACGAGAGAGGUCUGACACGUCCUCGUGCGCCGUAGGUAGCAUGUACAGAAAGAGGAGUGUUAGGACCUUUAGCCCCAUGUACAGUAUUUUGUCUCAAGGCACAAACGCACUGGAAAUGUCCGAUAUUUGUGUUAACAACACAAAUUCAGUCAUGAAUAAUAUAUCAACAGAGCGCCAUAAAUAACGAUAUUGUGUGGGAUUCUUUUCCCCAAGCUUCAGUGACCACUGCCUCAGUUUCAGGUAAAAGAAGUUCAGGUUUUUAAUCGACUAAGCAAAGGGACGAACGGCCCUCUUAGACCUAAGAGUACGUUUUAGAAAGAAGUAUGUGCGAUCACAUAAACCCUACCACUCCAAAGUUUGUCCUUAAAGCGACUACACUGCAAAGACUCAAAUCUUAGUAAGUGUAUUUGUCUGAUUGGUAGUCAAAAAUAUCUCAUUGAACUUUUAACAAGCUACAUUCACUUGACAAGUCUAGAUACACGUCUUGUUCCAGGAUAGAGCAAGUGGAAAAAUAAGGUCUGGAUUGCUUGUGAUGAGUAAAAAUAAAUAUCAACCAGUGAAGAAGACUAAAUGUAUUUCAGUGUCUUGACUACUUUAGAUAGAAUUUAUCUCAUUUGAUUUCUGAAUUUGUUAAUAUUUUUUACUCUUCACAAGCAUUGUACUGUAGGCUUUACAUUUAGCUUUUUAUAUCUUAAAAUGAAGUGUUUAUCUGGACCUGUCGGGUGAAUCUGGCUUUUAAGAUGAGUAAUGAGAUAUUUUUGACAAUAAAUUAGACAUUUGCUAAGAUUUGGAGUUUUUGCAGCUAGUUAGCUUAGCUGAGCAUAAUGUCUGAAAAAGACAAAAGAAAAAACGUAGCACAUUUGGAGAUGACCUCUCAACACUUUAAAGCUCGUUUGGAUAUACAAAGCUCAGCCUCCAUCUUUGUUGACGAGUCGCUGGCAGAAUCUCAAUCAGGUCGCUGUUUGUUGUCCUGAAAUACUGUUGUUACAAUCAGAGGCUGCGGCAGCGUAAUUCUUUCUAACAUCGUUCUGUGAAGAAAAAGACUUGACAUAGAUGAUUGAGAUGGAAAAAGUGAAUAAAUCAAGUGGAGUCAUUUUCUCAUUGACUUCUAUACUAUUGGACUUAUUUCGCAACCAGUGCAGUUGCCCCCUGCUGGCCGUUAUAAGAAAUGCAGGUUAAAGUCACUUGCACAAAAAGUUUGAACUUUCAAAACCAAAAAGCUUCAUCCUCUUCUUAUGAAAAGUAUACUUUGGACAGAGCAACGCCAGCUGUUUAGAGUUGUUAUGCUAAGCUAAGCUAACCAGCUGCUUCCUUUACAAUAGUACAAUUUCACUUAGAUCUUUGGCACACAUUUUCUCUACAAACGAUGUGGAAUCAAUCUCCUGAUCUAACUUAAGGAGGGAAAAAGUGAACCGAUGUCUGUCCGAAAAAAGUCUUUAUCCUUAAAAAAAAAAAAAAGUUGUGCAAUCAUUAAUAUGAAGCAUAAAAGACGUGUGACUCCAAGCCAUAGCAGAGGAAAGCCUGAACGCUCCUGACAGCUGCUGACUGCGCCUCAGUCAGGGCUACUACUUUAAAUUCAAUCAUCACUUCCAGUGCUUUUGCGCCUCAGGUGUUCACCAGGAAAACUAGAAUAGAAGCUUUAGUAAGCCACUAGUGGGAGGAGCAUAUAGACUUUUGCUAAUUACUACUAUCACCAUAGUAAACCAUUCCAAAUGUACGCCAAGUACCAGCCAAACUCAGUGUGUAGAGUAGGAGUCGGCCCUGUUCACUGUGUAAAUAAGGAUGGGGCUGACCUGUUCUUCAUGAGAAGCUCUCUGCGUUUCAACACCAACAAGGUUUCCACAAUGCAGACACUCCACACUCUGUGCACAAGCCGGUCUUUUUACAGCCUCGUGUGUCUUUCUGUCCACCACUCUGUAGAUACACAUGGACAUCGGCAGAAAAGUUUAAAAUCAAACAACCGGGGUUACACCGUUAGAUUCCCUUCCAGUCGGUAUCAAGAAGUUGCUUUCAUUCAGCAGAUUUAAUGUUCCAAUCUGUCGCCUUCUCCUUUGGGGAAUUAGGAUUUUAGAGAGUUAUAAGUCACAGAAACAAUGGGCGAUAUAACAAUGUUCAGCAGACUUUACACAGGCUUAUGAGCAUCAUGUGACUUAUGACAACAUACUAGGUUAAAGGAAGUAAUGCUCAUUAUAACAAUGAAAUAAAAACCUGUCCCUUUACACUGUUUAUAAGAAGUGGACGUAGCCACAGUGACUUUACCUGGAGCCUCAGGUAAGGCCACCAUAGAGCCAUGAAGGGAACAUAUUUGGACUUGUUUUGUUCUACUGCAAGACAAAAGAGAAAACAGUAAAUCAGAACCGGAUGUAUUGUGUUUUUACUCUGAAUGGGACUUCAUUUGAAAAAGAAAAAGGAACUUUUUACUGUUUUAAAAAUGAAAGUGAUUGAGCCCAUUUUUUUUAAGGAUUUAAAUUAACUUGAGGGAAUAAAUUAAGUGACAAGUGUGCUAAUUAUUGGGUGGAUUAAAUGCUAAGUCGCCCCCUGCUGGCCAUUAUCAAGCCUCCGGCAGUGGCUUAAGUUUGUGUUCUGAAAAGUUGGUUUAUAAAAUGAAUUGUUCUCCAUCAUAUACCGAGGUUGAAGGCGACAUACUGGAACAUUUUAAAACAUUGAUUUGUCUGCUAACAGUCGUUAAGUGACUCCUAACUGAGGCAACGUUAAACUUACUAUCAGACCAUCAUCAUGUCGCGUCAUGAUGUCAGCCUUGUCGACGUUUACAUAUCCGACUGCCUCCGCCGUCAGCAGACUGUUGAGCUAUAAAAACAUAACCACAGGUGUGAAGAGAGACUUGUAGCGUGGUCAGGAGCCAGCUGUACCCCCCCCCCCCCUCCUCCCCCCACCCCCUCCCCACAAGUAAGUCACCCGGCUGGCCCGUGUGUAUCUGUGCGUGUAUUUUUGUGUAUCCUCAUUGCCUCGACCGCUCAUCUUAAAUCCAGAUGUUAGAAUGUGGAGAAUAUAUAACAGUGCCUUCUAGAGUCGGACCGGGAAGGGGGUAGAUCGAGGUUUUGGUUAUGAGGAGGUCGGAAGGGAUGUCAGGGGUGUGAUGUGGAGCUGAGAAACGUAGAGUACAAGUCUUGAAGUAAAGAAGGGAAUGAUCUGGAAUAAAGGUAUUAGACUCGGUCAGGACCUCGGCCCAGUUGUUCAAAAGUUAUCAAGUUGGAUCAAACCUUGAAAACUAGUUAGGAGAAAAAAGGAUAACAAAAUUUUUUAUUUGGACAAAACCACCUGUUUGUGUUGUCCAAAACUUUUUGGUUGGAUUUAGAUAACUUUGAUCUAAAGAAAUCAGGAUUAUUCUGAUCCUGGCAGAGGUCUGGAUUCAGAUUUACAGGAACAAAAAGUGUCAAAGUAGAAACAAAGACAUUAUGCUUUUAGGAGAAAAAUUAAGGAUUCUGUCCCCUUAAAAUGUUUCACAAAAUAGCUUUUAAUAUCAAACAAAAUAUUUGAUUAAAAGCAGCUGUCUUUAUCUGUAAGUGUGUGGAUUUUUGGCGCCCCCCUGUGGACAAACUAAGUAGUAUGAAGUCACAUUUAGACCACUGGAUAUUCAGAUCUUGAAAUCUUUAAAAGUCGGAUUUUAGCACGUUGAUCCUCUCCAGUUUUUCUCCUUAAAGAUGGUACAAACUUGAGCUGGAUGACCUGAUAGAAAAAAAGAGAGACCUUCAAAAUCGCGGUCAUUUUUAUCCAGAUGAAACCUCUUUGAACAACCCAGCCUUGGACUGAGACCCUUGUAGUGUUUUAGAGCGGACGUGCCAUACAAAGCCUUAGAAACAAAGCUCCACAGCUCACCUCUACAUCCAGCUCCUCACCCCUCCUUAAGUGUUGCUAUGGCAACUCACCUGUAGGUUUUUUUUUUUUCUGGAUGCUGAAUCCUGCCACGGGGAGUGAGGGACAGAGAGGAGAGAGAGACCCCCACUCCUCUUCAUAUUCGUCUUCCUCCCCCUCUCUCUCUCUCUCUCGCUCUCUCACACACCAAAAUUCAGAGGGAAAUAAAACAUCUCUACUGUCUGUUGUUGUUGCUGUGUCUGUAAAAUACUUUUAACAUUUUAUUUAUUCCUCUUUUAUAUGUGGGUUCAUGUUGUUUUCUUUCUGCUUUUAGCAUUCGGUCACUGUUUCUUUUUUUUGUUUUUCAAUGCUCACAGUCUGGUUUUUAUUACGAUCGAUGUCACACACAAAGCGACUGUCCUCAACUUGUGCACACUGUCAAUGUCAACUCCCCCUCGUCCCCUUUCCCACUCCCCAAUUUAUCCCCCCUUAACACACACACUCCUACAUCUUUCCUACCCAAGUACCUGAAUAUAUUUACUGUAUCUCCAUGGACGCUAUAACUUCCACAUGUAACAUAACACAGAAUAAAAACAAAUGACAUCCUG